CAUUAUGUUUUUAUGCAACACCACAGCCAUCAAGGACUGGAGCUACUUUCUCUCCCAGAUCUUGCCUCUUGUGAAUAAAUCAGCGGGGUUUGUCCAUCAGAGUAUGGAUCGGGUGGAGGCGGUGACGAGCACUAUGGUGACCGCUCUGGAGCCCGACUUGAGCGGGAUGAGCGCCAGUCAUCCGCCGCUGAACUCCAAUCACACGUCCGGGAUGGAGCAUGUUUUUCAGUACUCGUACUCGGAGGGUGACCUGCAGUACACGGACUACAGGACACCCCAGAGGGACUCGAUACCGCUGCCCAAAGCGGUGCUUUAUCUGGUCAUGGCUGCGCUGGUAGUGGUGGCUGUGGCGUACGCGAUUGUGGGACAUCUGGUGAAGGAUCUCGUGCAUGAGUUUGUUGAAUGGGUGUUCGGUCCUCGUUCAGAAAACCACAGCAGGAGCAAGAGUGAGGUGAACUGCAUCAGCAGCAGCGUGAACGAAAUGAACGAACUCUCACAUGCACCUGAAACACUCUGCAUCACUUAUAAUCACUCCAUGAAGCCUGAAGAACUGGUGGUGACCAUCGACGAGACCUCGCCGCUGCCUCAAGAAGCCUACGCCGGGACAUAAUCGAGAGGGAAAAACACUGCGAUUCGAUUCAGCCCUUUAUUAUGAGGAGAAAAGCACAUUUGCUUCAGUUUGAGGUGUCGAAAAGCGACGCUGUGAAGUCAAACCAAUGGAGAAACUGAGGAAACUAGUGGAUAAAGUACACUUGGAGCGCUGUGAGAAACACGUUAUAUUUUCAGAUUGAAUUUAUAACCCUGAGAAAAGACUUCUUUAUCAUUCGUAUCCGUCUAAUCGCACAGUAUUUUCUGUUAUUUGUUCAGUGGAGACAUGCACUGUGAAUCCUAGAAGUAGUUUGCUGCUCUUGAUCCAUUUAUUUCUUCUAUAUGGUUUUGUUUUUCUCCACUUUUGCGGAUAUUUACGGCUGAGUGCUUUAUAGUAUUUGCGAAUACUCACGUUUAAACCACUUUCAGGUUCUGCUUGAAACUAGAUCUGCUCCCUGUAGGUUACUUGAAACGUCAGGUAAUAAGAAUGAUUUCAUGAUUUAGAUAUAACAGCUCUUGAUGACAAAAAAAUCAAUAUUUAAUCCACAAAGGCAAAACAAGAGCUGUCUUUUUACUUUCAUCUAAGGCAGUGUUACCAAAAAUAGGUUUUUAUUGACGAGAGACA